AUGGAUGAAAAGACAGUGAUCUCAUCCAAGGCCGGCUCUGCGUCCGCUGUUGACCCCAUUUACCCUCAGAAUGAGGAAGAUUUUAUGACUGACAAGAUGAAGCGGAGACGCCGCAAAAUUCACGCUAUAUGCGAUAAGCGGUACCGGCAGGACCAACGCGGCGGGAUUUCAAAGUCUUGGACGCACAUGCUCGUGGUUAAACUACUUCUCAGACUGUUUAAAGCUGGUUUCUUUCUAGGCUGCAUGUACUUGAUAAGCUGUUGGUAUCGGAGAUACCAGGUCCACCAAAGGUUUGCUUGGUUCUACUCCAUUAAUAUUCCCGCCAACGCGUUUAGCUCAUUGCUUGCAUAUGCAUAA